AUGCGCCGCCAUAUUCUCCGCGUCAUCCUACGCCGCUGGCACGCACACCUCGGCCUCCCCCGGAAGGAGUCCUGCUCGUGGCACCAAGACAGGCUCAGCGAGGAGCUAAUCGAGCUAAAUGGCGCCGAGUCCCUGAUCGGAACCCUCAGCGAGGCGAGCGACGUCAUAUUCUCCGUCAGCAGGGCCGAGUACGAGGGCUUCACAGACGACCGGGCGACAGUCUUCGUCUUCCUAGAGCGGCUGAGCACCUUCUGGGCCGUGGCCGUGGUCGCCUACAUGCUCUACAAGUUCACGAUGCGCUGGUCCUUCUACCGAGUGACUGCCUACGCCUGCGGUCUGAGGGGAGCGCGGCUGGACGCCGUGCGCGAUGUGAUCAAUCCAGCCAAGAGCCACAAGCUGGACGAGGUGGCGGCACGGCACGGCGUCCAGGCGGAAGAGUUUCGACGCGUUGGGGGGAUUGUGAGGCGUCUGUGGCCACUGGUCCCAUAG